AAAAAAAAAACCCAAAACCCUAAUUCGACACUGUUGUUUAUAUACAUUUUCCUCUUCGCAAAAUUUAGGGCUUCUUGUUGAAAUUCAGAAAUCAUCUCUCCCUAGUCGCAACCCUAACUUCAUCUCAACCAUGGUUGCCGCAAAGAAAACCAAGAAGACCCAUGAGUCUAUUAACAACAGACUCGCUCUUGUGAUGAAGAGUGGGAAGUAUACUUUGGGGUAUAAAACUGUUCUCAAAUCUCUCAGAAGCUCCAAAGGAAAAUUGAUUAUCAUUGCUAACAAUUGCCCACCAUUGAGGAAGUCCGAAAUUGAAUACUAUGCUAUGUUGGCUAAGGUUGGAGUUCAUCACUACAACGGAAACAAUGUGGAUCUCGGCACUGCUUGCGGAAAGUACUACAGAGUGUGCUGUCUCAGUAUCAUCGAUCCUGGUGAUUCUGAUAUCAUCAAGAGCAUACCUGGCGAGCAGUAGAGUUGUUGUAUCAAGUUCUCGAUUUUGGCCACUUUUUCUAUCAAAACUGGUUUUAUGUUUGCUUGUUUUUUGCUGAUUAAGACAUUGUUAGAAGAAUAUUUAUGUAGACUUCUGGAUGUAUUUCGGUAUUUGAGUAUUAAUCGACUGCAAAUUUUUUUCUUAAAA